AUGCUUUGUAUUCGCGAGCUGAUGGGCGAAAUGGCUCGUCAAAAUAGCAAGCAGGCUUUCGAAACACCUCGUUCGGAUAAGGAACCUCAGUCAGGAAUAUUAUAAAGGUCACAGGCUAAUUGAUGUGGAUAUAUUUAUAGUAAUCGAGAACAAGUCAAGCAUAGAGCCAGCGAAGCAGCGCAGAACCAUUCAGCGAAACCAGGCUCGCAGCCGCUUCCAUAUCCCUCUGAAACGUAA